UUGACCCUUUUCUGGGCAGGUCAAUAGAGAAAACUUUGGUGCAAGCACGACCUUCCCUCCUGGCCCUUCUGGAAAGCAAAACUCAAGCUGGACAUACCUUUCCUUCCAGCACUUCAGAAUUCCUUCUUUAUUUUUUAACUCAAAGCAAACUCCAUAUUUUGUAAUGCACUUGGUCAAGAUUCUGGUAGUCACUGUGGAAAUUGUCUGCGCCCCACCUGGUGCCCAGAGGCAUCACCUCUGGGAGUCCAGACCCCCAGAAGACACUUCCAAACCACCCUUCAAGUGUCCUUUGGCCAUCCAGACAUUGCUGAUGAAAAUUCCCAGCAUCCCCUCUUGUUCUGCUCUCUUUGGUGAAGUGGGAGGGUUCUCCUGGGUAUCCAAAACUCACCAGCAUCUGAAAGGCAGAACCACCCCUUCCAUUGGGGUCCAAAAAGUCUCCAGCACAUGUAACUCCGGUUGUGGAGAUUCUGUCUUCCUGUCCCAGUUAGGGUGGGAAGAUGGCAUAGCUCCCUUCACAUUAGGCCAGAAGACCUCCACAAGCCCUUCCUGCCCAGGGAGAUGCCCACUCCCUGCCUCCCUCCCUGCCAGGCGCCCAACAAACGUGGCUUUGAAACCCAAUCUUCUUUUCCUGCUCAGCUCCCGGGUUUCAGUGCCAGGAGAGGCAGAUAAAUAGCAGCAAGUCCUGGGGCCCCCAGGUACAUUUCCCGCCUGGUCAUCAUGGAGCUUGGGGGCACAGUGGGCAUCUUCCUGGGCAUUUGCUUCUCUUGCUUGCUGCUCCUCUCUGUGUGGAAGCGAAUGCACAAAGAAGGGAAACUGCCCCCAGGACCCACCCCGCUGCCCUUCCUUGGCAAUAUCCUGCAGGUGAAAACCAGCGAGCCCUUCAAGUCCUUCCUGGCGGUGAGUGAGAAAUAUGGCCCCGUGUUCACAGUCUAUCUGGGCCCCCGGCGGGUGGUGGUUCUGUGUGGACACGAUACAGUGAAAGAAGCUCUGGUGGACCAGGGUGAUGAAUUCAGUGGCAGAGGGGAAAUAGCCACCAUUGACCGGAACUUCAAUGGUUUUGGUGUCGCUUUAGCCAAUGGGGAACGCUGGAAGCAGCUCCGUCGCUUCUCCCUCACCACCUUGAGGAACUUUGGGAUGGGCAAGAGGUCCAUUGAAGAGCGGAUCCAGGAAGAGGCCCAGUAUUUGAUGGAGGAAAUCAGGAAAACCAAAGGCCAGCCCUUCGACCCCACCUUCUUCCUGAGCCGCACAGUCUCCAACGUCAUCAGCUCCGUUGUCUUUGGCAGCCGCUUUGACUACGAGGAUAAGACCUUCCUCUCCCUGCUACAAAUGAUCAAUGAAAGUUUUAUAGAGAUGAGCACCCCUUUGGCACAGCUCUACGACAUGUAUUCCUGCAUCAUGCAGUACCUGCCGGGAAGACACAACCACAUUUACUACCUGGUUGAGGACCUGAAGGACUUCAUUGCUGGGAAGAUCAAAACCAACCAGGCAACGCUGGAUCCCAGCAACCCUCGUGACUUCAUCGAUUGCUUCCUCAUCCAGAUGGAGAAGGAAAAAGGAAACCCUUCCACUGAAUUUAACCUGAAGAAUUUGGUCCUGACCACCCUCAACCUGUUCUUUGCUGGGACAGAAACCGUGAGCUCCACCCUGAGAUAUGGACUCCUUUUCUUAAUGAAAUACCCAGAAGUGGAAGAGAAGGUCCACAAGGAGAUUGACCAGGUCAUUGGUCCCAAUCGCCUUCCUGCCACGGAAGACCGGCUGAAGAUGCCCUAUACGGAUGCCGUUGUCCACGAGAUCCAGAGGGUGACAGACAUUGUCCCCAUGGGAGUGCCCCACACGGUGAUCCGGGACACUCAGUUCCGGGGGUAUCUUCUGCCGAAGGGCACGGAUGUCUUCCCCUUGCUUGGCUCAGCCUUACGGGACCCCAAAUAUUUCAGCGACCCUGAGAACUUCAACCCUGGACACUUCCUAGAUGAAAACGGCCGUUUUAAGAAGAAUGAGGCUUUUGUACCAUUUUCCUCUGGGAAACGCGUCUGCCUGGGGGAAGCCAUGGCUCGGAUGGAGCUCUUCCUCUACUUCACCACCAUGCUGCAGAACUUCUCGCUGAAGUCGCCUCUGCACCCCAAGGACAUUGACGUCUCCCCCAAAAUGAGCGGCUUUGGGAACAUUCCCCCCAUCUACCAGCUGAGCAUGCUGCCCCACUGACCCCGGGCAUCUGUCUGCUUCUCUCUAGCUCUCUUCCUGAUGCUGCCCUGUCCAAGCCCCACAGCCACCCCACCCGGGAAACAUUUCCCUCCAGACAGCUCUUGCCCUGGGCACCUCCCUGCCUCCUGCUGGGUCAGUUGAAGCAGAUCACAUGCUCUUGGAUGUGCUAGGUCAAAUGGAUCCCUUCCUCAGAGCAGGCCCUCUUCUUGUCCAGAUCCCAAUCAGGGGGAAGAGGGAGGGCAUCUGUGAGGAGCCCACAGCAUCCCAGUUGUAUUCAGUCCUGGGAAAACUGCUUCCCCUCCCAAAUCAAGGGGCACCUUUUUCCAUCCCAGCCCUGCUUGGCCCUCCAGCUGGGAGCUCUGGCCUCUGCUCUUCUCUCUGCCCCACCAGAGCCCAUACAGGGUUGCCGCACUCACACCCCGCCUAAGACCUUCUCCCAGCCUCCAGCCGUGAGCGGAGUGUGCUAAGCUCAGUCUCUGGAGACUGCAGUCAGAACAAUCUGGAGGUAAUCAAAAAGAAUGCCCUAAACGUUACGUAUUCCUUCUGUCUCUAUUUGGCUCUUUAGUUGGAGACUUCCUCUCCUGUUUCAGCCUCCCACAGCCCCUUCACGGCCCAAAGAAAGAUCAAGGACAACCCACCCAGCCAGCUUGCUGUGGGACAAUUCAACGCUGUAUUAAUCAUUGCAUUCAGUUACUUUUAUUAUUGGUGACCACAUUUUUGUCAAAAUUAUUGUAACUCUCACAUUUUGGAUUGACUUUAUUAUUAUUGAACAUGGUUCCACCGAAAUCAAUAUAACUUUUGUAUUUGUUGAAUUGUCCUACGGCGAGUUGGUCAUGGCAUGUUGCCUCCUUCCGCCCCAAGAGAGGGCCUGAAAGCCCCCCGCCCAAAGAAACUUUGUACAGGAGCUGCCUUUAUCCACAGCGCUGAUUCCAGAGAGUCUUCCGUCAGUCUUCUUCUGACAUGUCUUAGCUUAGAAAUCUGCCGGACCUUUAAAACUGCAAAUAAAAGUCAGUUUAGAGAAAUAAGCACACACACACAAAAAUCUGUAUUUUAAUAACAAGAUAUUUAGACUUGGAGAAGUGAGUGAAACUGCGGAAACAGAGGAUGCUGCAGUCCACCUUCCUAAGCAGAAUUUAUUUCAAAAAUCCUUUUUUACUUUCCUAUGAAUAUUACUUUUAUUAUGAGCAUUGUGAAGACAUAGAAGUUUUAGGAUGAAAGAGGACAAAAUGCUGGAUUUAGUAAGAAAAUGCUUAUUACAAAUGAACCUGUACAGAGUCAGGACAAAGUUUAAGCACAGAAUAAAACAAGUUUUACUAUCAAGAGAUUAUGGAUUAAAUUUUACGGGGAUUAGGACAUCUAUAUUGUGUAUACACAGAGGCUUCACUAGGUGAACCCCAAUGCCUCUGCUUGGGUUGGCUUCAGCCCAGGAGAGUGUUUCCCAGAGGGAAAAUAAGAGAUCCUUUUGGACCCCUCAAAACACGGAGAAGCCACAGGGGAAUAAAGUGCAGCAGUCCCUCCUUAGGACUGACAACUGGACAAGCCAUCCUCCCUUGUCCCAGGCAGGGCAGUGGGGGGGGGGAGGGUGUCCUGACAUUCCCAUAGACCCAUCAGCAGCAGUGCUGUGGGGUGUGAGAGGCAGCCUUUGCUCCAGCGAGUGCGAAGAGCGAAGAGCUACAUGCUCAGGCCUUUGGCCAAUCCAGCGGUCGGGUGAGGGUGGGGAGAAAUUGCACAACCUCGGCUCCAGCCAAUUCCCACCUGGGAGAACUGCACAAGAGCAGCUGUGUGCUUGAAGGAGUCCAGAGGGGUUUCCAGAGAAGAUGGCAUCUUCCCCUUGCCCCAUCACUGCACACAUCGCUUGUGGAGGGGCCGUGGGCAUUGCCCGCCCAUUGUUGGGGCAUCUCUUGGUUCCUUUCCAUCCCCCCUUCCAAGCAUGUGGGAGGGGGAUCCCGACUCCCAUUGGCCACAGCCCUUAGUGACUGCCUUUCCCUUCAGAGGCCUACCCAUGAGCCCCCCAAGUCUGCUGCGCUGCCAGUUCUGGGUUUGGAGUUGAUCCAAAGCUUCAUCCAUGAACGUUCCUUGCCCUUCAUGCUGACAUUCCCUGAAUCACAGCCUUUGGUGCCUCCCGUCCUCAAAACCCCCACCAGAGUCACCUCCUUGUCCAUAAAUGCAGGAAGGGGAAGGGAGAGACUCCUGCAGCUGCCCUCCAGAGGUGGCAUGCACCCAUCCUUGCAUUCAGGGCAACCAGAGGGCAGCUCUGCGAUGUCCCCCUCCAGCCUGCAACCUUGGGAGCUUCUGGGGCCUUCAGUGCAAGUCCUCCCCAACCCUCCUCAGCCUUCUGUGGCCAGAGGAGCAGCCUACCACCUGCUCCUCUUCUGCUUCUUUGGGGGAUUGAUCAGUUCGCAUCUCCCUGGCUGGGCUGUGCAGAAGGGAGGCCCGGAGGCCCAGUUGGACCAGACAAGCCUGGGACCA